CUUCACUUCCGGUGUAUAUUUGGAGGACAGCUUAACUUCCGGUGUAUAUUUGGAGGACAGCUUCAUGGCUCUGACCGUGACCCGGUUGCUCGUCCCGGCGGGCUCAGCUGCUCUCAGAUCGGGGAACUUUAUUCAGAAGGCGGGUGUCCACCGGAGCCCGGUGAGAAGCCUGCAGUACGGUGCGCUGGCCUACAUGCUGGGGGAGUGGACCAGUCCACGACUCCACAAGCUCAGUAAGAUCAUCACUGUGGACGGAAACCUGGCGUCAGGAAAAGGAGCUCUGGCCCAGAAACUGGCUGAGAGCCUGGGGAUGCUCUACAUGCCCCAGGUGGACACCUUCUACAUGGACAAGAUGAACGGGGAGAAGGAGCCCCUCCCUGUGGACUACAACGGGAUGUGCAGUCUGGAGAAGUUCUAUUUGGAGCCCAAAGCUGCGGACGGGAACAGCUACAGGCUGCAGCUGUGGAUGUACAUGAUGAGGCUGCUGCAGUACGCUGAUGCUAUAGAACACCUGCUGUCCACAGGCCAAGGAGUGGUCCUGCAUCGGUCCGCUUUCAGUGACAUGGUCUUCUUGGAUGCCAUGUUCAAGCAGGGCUACAUCAGGAAGGAGUGUGUGGAGCACUACAAUGAGACCAAACACAACAGCCUCACGGAGUUCCUCCCUCCUCACCUCGUCAUCUACAUCGACCUGCCGGCUGAAGACGUGCACAUGAAGCUCAAGCAGAGCGGAAAGAACAUACCACUGCAGUAUCUGAAGAGCAUCGAGGAGUCCUACAAGAAGUCUUUUCUGCCCAGCAUUGAAGAAACUACUGAGGUGCUGGUCUACGAUGUGGUCCAAGCUCAGAAUAUAAACAUGGUGAUGGAUGACAUAGAAAUCAUGGAAUUUGAAAAGGGGCCGUGGUUGGAACAGGAGGACAUCAACUACCAUGAGUUGAGGAUGAUAGCGAGGAACAAGUCAAAACUGGCUAGUCUGACCCAAAUCCCCAGGUUCCUGCCUGAGAUCACCAUCGGAGCUCAUGAGUACUAUGAGAAGUACCACGCCUACAAAUCAUUACCGGGAAAGAAUUUUGCUCCUGGUUAUAAUGAAGAUGUUGGAGACAAACACAUCUGGCUGAAGUGACUCGUCCUCAGUGUCCCUCCAGCUGUUGGCUGAGCAGCCACUUUGUUGUACAGCCUGAAUAACAUGUAUGUAUCAAUAAAAACACUUAGAUGCAA